CCUCCCCUUCCCCUUCCCCUUCCCCUCCCUCCUCUGCCGACGCCGGCGGCAGUGUUGGCCGACAGCGGCGGGAUGUCGGUGCUGUGGCCGCUGGCGGCGGCGGUGUUGGCGGCGGCGGCGGCGGUGCGGGUGCUGUGGCCGUACGCCUGGGCCGAGGCCCCGGUGGUGUGGCGGGUUCUGUUCUCGGCCGUGCGGAUCGCCUGGUGGGCCCGGCGGCGGCCGCCCACCACCAUGCUCGAGUUGCUGGUGCAGCGGGCGCGGCGGAGCCCGGGGAAGACGUUGGUGGUGUUCGAGGGCCGGGCGCUGAGCUACGGGCAGCUGGACGCCGACAGCAGCCGCCUGGGCCGCGCCGUGCGGGCGGCCGCCGGCCUGGGCCCCGGGGACUGCGCCGCGCUGCUGCUGCCCAACGGGCCGCUCUUCCUCGCCGCCUGGUUCGGCCUGGCCAAGCUGGGCUGCGCCGCCGCCUUCCUCAACACCAACAGCCGGCGCCAGGCCCUGCUGCACUGCCUCCGCUGCAGCGGCUCCCGCGUCCUGCUCACCGCCGCAGACCUUUGGAGCUCAGUAGAGGAGGUGUUGCCAGCUCUAAGGAAUGACAAUGUGACUGUUUUCGUCUUGGAUGGAGAGUGUACCGCAGAGGGUGUUGAAAACCUGAAGGAUAAAAUCCAAGCUGCAUCUGACCAGCCGCUGCCUCUGUCCCUGAGAUCAGCUGUCACUUUCCAGAGCCCUUUUGUCUACAUCUUCACUUCAGGAACAACAGGUUUGCCCAAAGCUGCCAUCAUCAAUCACCUGCGGGCUCACCGCAUGGCCAGCUUCAUGACGGGAUGUGGGCUAUGCAGCAGCGAUGUUUUGUACACCACCCUGCCUCUGUACCACAGCUCAGGCUCCCUGCUUGGAAUCUGUGCCGCUAUUUCUGUCGGUGCGACUGUUGUCUUGCGUCGGAAGUUCUCUGCCAGCCAGUUCUGGGAUGACUGUCGAAAGUACAAUGUAACGGUUUUCCAGUAUAUUGGGGAGCUGCUACGCUAUCUCUGCAAUGUUCCAAAGAGGAGCAACGAGCAGGAACACAAGGUGCGGAUAGCAGUAGGGAACGGUGCUCGGGCGGAUGUCUGGAAGGAGUUUAUAAACCGAUUUGGAAACAUCCACAUCUGUGAAUUUUAUGGUGCCACAGAAGGUAACAUUGGCUUCAUGAACUAUGUGGGAAAGAUCGGUGCAGCAGGACGGAUAAACUUCAUCAGUAAGAGGUUGCUGCCUUUUCACCUGGUUAAAUAUGAUGCUGAGCUGGAGGCUCCGGUGCGAGAUGCCAACGGCUACUGCAUUGAAGUAGCUACAGGAGAGGUUGGGCUUCUCAUUGCAAAAAUCACUCCCAAGACCCCUUUCACUGGGUAUGUGAGAAACGAAGUCCUGACUGAGAAAAAGCGUCUGAGGGACGUGUUCUGCAAGGGAGAUGUUUACUUCAACAGUGGUGACCUGAUGAUGGUGGAUCAUGACAACUUCAUCUACUUCCAAGACCGAAUUGGGGACACGUUCAGAUGGAAAGGGGAGAAUGUGGCCACCAUCGAGGUGGCUGAUGUCUUCUCCACACUGGAUUUCGUUCAGAAUGCCUGUGUGUAUGGAGUGACUGUGCCUGGGCACGAGGGGAGAAUUGGGAUGGCUGCCAUCCAGCUGCAUCCUGGGAAGGACUGGGAUGGAGAACGGCUGUAUGAACAUGUUGUAGCUCAUCUCCCAAGUUAUGCCCGUCCUCGCUUCCUGAGGCAACAGAGAGCAAUAGAAACCACGGGGACCUUUAAAUAUUAUAAGGUCACUCUGGUGAAGGAAGGUUUUAACCCAACAACUGUCCAAGACUCGCUCUUCAUCCUUGAUGAUGAGAAAAGGGCUUAUGUACCAAUGGAUCAGGAAGCGUAUCAGUCUGUCAUCAACAACCUGAUCAGACUUUAACUACACACCUGGGUCAGGACUACGUUUAUGCUGCGUGGGCAUUUCCACUCUCAAAGAUCAGGACCAGAACUGAGUCUCACUUGGAGACAAAAAUAUCUUCUCUUUCUGCGAGCUGCGAGGUCCCGGGACAACAAGGAAUCGCGGUUUGGCUCCUCACAACUUUGUUCUUUCAGCCCUCGGGCUAUUUAAACCGUUCACUCGGACCUUUGCUGCAAUACAUCCAGACACCAUCUGCACUGCUCCAAGAGUCUGACCUCCUUCAGAGACCAGCGGGCAGUGGGGGAGAGCUGUGCGCUCGCUCUGCCCCUUCUCCCUGGAGCGGGUGGGCACAUGGUUAACGUUCCCUGUCCGGGUUCCUUCCUCAAUCCCACCGGAAGGAUGGGGAGAUAUUGGGCCAAACUUUUCCCAGAACAGACCUUGGAUAAAAAGGGCUGUC